ACUUUUUAAAUAGCUAAGAUUGGCAACACUGCAUUAGAAUGUGGCAGCGGCUGGAAAAAACAAAACAAAAAAUGUAAACUGGAGGGAGAGCAAAAACUUGAAUUAUUUUUUUUCUCCUUUAAUUUUUUUGUAGUGUAUCUUUGCUUUUAAUGUAUUCUUUAUCCCCUGUAAACUUCCCCUUUAGUCGCUAUAGUUUCUUAUGGUAUAAUUAGCUUACAAAUUCAAAUACAAUAAUGGUCCUUUUACCUGAAGAAGCAGCUAUGACAUUAGCCGAAUUGAGGCAGAUGGCCGCUAGGCAACAGCAUCAAAUAGAAGCCCAGCAGCAGCUUUUAGUUGCCAAGGAACAACGGCUUAAGUUUCUUAAGCAACAAGAAGCUCGGCACCACAAUCUUGCUGAACAGCAUCAACUCGAUCCUUCUUGCUUGCAGAAUUUACGUGAUAAAGUUGAAUCUCAAGAAAUGAAAUUAAGGCAGCUGAGAGCAUUGCGUGGUCAAGUUGAGCAGCAAAAGACUAAUAAUGGUAACUUAGGUGCUGAACUUGACUCUAUCAGGGCUUUGUUUAGUGAAAAAGAGAAGGAAUUAAAUCUCGCUGUCAACAAAGUAGAAGAACUUUCGAGACAGUUGGAUGAAAUCCGUAAUAACAAUAAUCGAAAAAAUUGCGUCAUGUCUUCUGCUGUAUCUGAAUUAGAAAAUUUAAGGAGAGAAUUAAUGUAUCGGACCAAAUUAUCUGAGCAACAAAGUAACUACAUAUGCCAACAACGGGAGACCAUCACCAAUCGCCAACAAGACAUUUCUCUUCUCGAUAAAAAAAUCAACGAACUCACCCAGCGUUUACACCGAAAGCGCCUUCUAAACGAGCAACUUGCUUCCCAAAUUCACAGUGCUUCCUUGUCGCGUAACCUCAGUGGAUCUGCGGUCAGUAAUGGCCUUUAUCAUGCCUCGACCAUUGUAGCCGUAGAACCUAUACCCAGAGACGCUGAUCCAGAACAUACUCGAGAUGACAUGUCUGCUAAAUUGAGUGGCACACAUCAAAAUGACCUCGGAGGAUUUUAUUUGACCAAAAAGGACCCAAAAUAUCAGACUCUUCCUUACAAUACCAAGUUUACUCUAAAAGGCAAAUGUGAAGAAUCUCAGUCAUCCAAUGAAGACGACUCAUCGCCUAACAGUUUGGACUAUUCCCCGAAUUCUAAAAAGACCCCACCUCUGUCUGUGGUAAAGCCAUCCUCUUUAUGCAACCCAAUGCCCCAAAUUAAUAAUUGUAAGCCACCUGAUACCUACUCAUCUUCUGAUGAAGUUUCCAAUCGAAACAUCAAAAAUAGUAAUUUGUCGGAAAUUCCGAAAACUGAAUCCGUGAAAGAAUCUGAACUGAAUGAAAACAGUGACUCUAAAAAUAAUAAUGUGUGCAGUAGCCAGUCUUCUCUACCCAUCAAAGAAAAAUCCCAGUCCACUAACUCCCGUCCUGUAAAACCUGUUGUACCCCCUAAGCCUGCUUUACCUGUGAAACCAAUGAUCUCUAUUCGUCCAAAAAUAAAUGCCUUUAAUGGUAAAAGCUCUAGUGAGAAAGAUGUGAAUGUAGCCUUAUCUGUUUUACAAAAUAAGUCAUCAGACAAAGACAAGACUGCUAUUAGCAACUACAGAGAACGUUUGCUGUAUUAUCAGUGCAUCCCUAGAUUUUCUAGUGCAACAGAUAAGUUAGAACAGCCUCCUCCUAAAAGUAAAAUAGCGACUUACUUUCCGAAACCUAGUGCACAAUCCGAUGCAAGUCCUCAAGCAGAAAAUCGAAACGAAAGUGCAGACUCAAAUGACCCUCCGAAACGCAAACCCAAUUUCGGGCAGCUGCCGAUUAAGCCGAAACCGCUGACAAUCAGGAAAACUCCUGGACUGGAACCUCCCAAACUUAAAGUUCAGUCAGUAACUAGUACCAGCUCUUAUCGCAAGAGUGGUACAGACUCUCAACACUUAGUGUCUCAGCUGCAAAGCUCUAUUCCCCCAAGUCACUCUUCUACUGAAGCCAAAUCCGAAAGUGAAGUCGUUAGUUCAGAGCCUAAAGCAUCGGCAGAAAGCAUUCCUAUAGGUGAAGUUGCACCUAUGCAGAAAAUAUCUGAAGAAUCUAAUAAAAACUCUGAUGUGAAGCUGCUGCAGGAAUCCCGUAUUGCUGAUUUAUCUAAGAAAACAGAAACAGAUGAAACUGAUUUUCUUCAGCCAGAGACUGUUAUUAUAAAAGACGAAUUAUCCGAGGUGACUGAUUCUGAAGUUGGUGAAGAAGUAUAUCAAAGUGCAGUAUUGAGAAGAAUAAGAAAAGGAAAUCUAAAAGGUGAAAAUUCCGUCCGCAACUGUCGAAGAGUUAGCUUUGAUCCACUAGCAUUGCUUCUAGAUGCUGCUCUUGAAGGAGAAUUAGAAUUAGUAAAGAAGACUGCAGCUGAAGUCCCUAAUCCAAGCGCUGCUAAUGAUGAAGGAAUCACAGCUCUUCAUAAUGCUAUUUGUGCUGGUCACAUCGAUGUUGUUACUUUCCUUGUCGAAUUUGGAUGCGAUGUAAAUGCUCAAGAUAGUGACGGAUGGACACCUCUUCACUGUGCCGCCUCUUGCAAUAAUUUACCUAUGGUGAAAUUUCUGGUGGAAAGGGGUGCUUGCAUCUUUGCAACUACUUUGAGUGAUCAUGAAACAGCUGCUGAGAAAUGUGAAGAGGAUGAGGAAGGGUUCGAUGGAUGCUCUGAAUACCUCUACAGUUUACAGGAAAACCUUGGAGUUAUGAAUAACAGUGUUGUGUACGCUGUGUAUGAUUAUGAAGUUCAAAAUGCGGAUGAACUGAGUUUUCGAGAUGGAGACAUGCUCACUGUUUUGAGGAAGGGGGAUGACGAGGAAAGUGAAUGGUGGUGGUCUCGUUUCUUAGAUGAAGAAGGUUAUGUACCUCGUAAUCUCUUAGGAUUAUAUCCUCGUGUGACUUGCAAGAAGGAUCAAGAACUUGCCAAGGCUGCUGAGUAACAAAAUAUUUUUUUCUAAUUAUGAAGGAUGACCUUAUUUCAUACACAGAAUCUUCUACAUGUGAUACACUUUGAUGAAUCUCAAGAUUGUGGUGCCUUUUUCAAGUGCCAUGCCCAUUGUCCUCUAUGUCAUUGGAAGUUUACAUGCCAUAAGUGCCAAAACUGCUUUUUACACGCCAUUUUUUGAGAUGCUGUUUUACUUCCGUCCCUUUUUGCACUCAUUGAAUAAUAAAUCAUGAUUUUUUUAGAAUUGCAAUAUUGUUUAUAUUAAAAUAUUCUCACCUAGUGGCUAUUUAUAUUUGUGAAUGAAAAUAAAUUAUUUUUUAUCGAAAUUUAUAAAUUGCCUUCAUUGUUAUAAGUGCCUAUUUGCCAUGAAAUGUCAAUAAAGAUUUUAGAUUAAAAGUC